CGAGUGGAGAAAAGCAGAAACAUAAAUAGAGGCCAACGCGAAAAUUAAGUGAAAAUAAAUGAAGAAAACACUUGCAAAAGUGUAGCUUGUUAGCGAGAAAAUGUUAACCGAACGAUGUUACCGCAUCAUCAAUAAACUUACGCCAAAACAACCCACGGACAGCAACAGUUUGACUGAAAUAUGCGAUUGCUUCCAGCAUAUUCCGUUUACGGCAAUCCUCAACAGUGUUUACCUCUGCAACGGGAUUGUGUCGACGGAGAUUUUGCGACGCCACAAAUUCACACACUUGAUAAACAUUGACAAGGAGUAUUUCUUGCGUAAUGUGCCAGUGCAUCGUAGUAGUAAUAGUAGUAGCAAUAGUGAUAGCAACGUAAUUGACGUGCAUGACCCGGCAGUCGAGUUUGAGAUCUUGGACUUGAAUUUCGGGCAUCCCGCAUCGAUGACGGUGCUCCCGAACUUGUAUCGUGCUGUGAAAUUUCUCGAAAAGGCGCUCGAGAACAGCGGAAGAGUCUUCAUUGGCGACGAUUUUGGCAACCAAAAAGCCGUCACGAUUCUCAUUGCAUUCAUCAUGUACAAAUAUCGCGUAAAAUUCGUCGAAUCCUUCCAGAUUAUGCGACGCGUUUGCAUGCUCAAUGUCGUGCUCGACACCUUCCUCAUUGCGCAACUCAUGGAAUACGAACCCAUACUGGAGACGCAGCGACGCACGCAACUCGGAUCGAGUUGCAGCAGCGAAAUCCGGAGUUCACGCUUGAAACGCAAGAAAAUUCCUGCGGCAACGAGCUUAAGUGAACAAGCGACAAUACUCAGAUCAUCCUCGCCCUCGAGUCCUAAUAGCGAUAGUUUUAGUAGUAAUAACAACAACAACAACUCUAACGACAAACCAAAUAACUUAAAUUCCUCCAUUUCUGCGAGUUUUAUCAUUACAUCGACGUCUUCUGCCAUCGUGGAUGGCAAUGGCAACAACAUUUUUGCGUUGGAGCAACAAAACAUGGAAACCUAAAAACAGCAUCGAAUAAUUUUUUUUAAUUCUUUCAUUUUUUUUAAUAGAAAGAAAUGUACUAAACUUAAUUUUUACAUAUUUAACGUUAAAAAUUGUCAAAAAAUAUAUUCAAUAUUUAGCAAAAUAGAUAAAAAAAAAUGUUAACUGCCGCUGUAUAAUCUGUGCUAAAAAAAAUCAAAAAAUGUUAAAAUUUUGUUAAUCGCAAACUAUUUACAUAUAAAAAAAAAUCAUAUAUUUAGUGAAUGUAAGAAAUCUAGAGUUUAAUUUGUAAAUAAGAAAAUAAUAUAUAAUUGAAGUAAAUGAACUACUUAUCAUGUA